CUCUGCCGUCUCUUCGCGACUGCGUCGCAGCCUCUUCGACCUCAACAUGAGGUCCUCAGUUGGGCUUGGUGUGCUCAUUUGUGCGGCGUUGACUGCCGGAAGAGUCGCUGGCCAGACUCUCGUGGAUAGCACGGCUGUCAGCGGACUGUCGACAUGUGCGCUACAAUGUGCGGAUAAUCUUUUCGGCCAGUAUGACUGCCGGCCCUCGCAACCAUGUUUCUGCGACAACGCCAAUGUUCGCGACGCCUGGACGGAGUGCCUCAAGACUGGAUGUUCAUACUCAGACCAGUUGGAAGCCAGCAGAUACCGAGCUGAUACUUGUGACGCGCCUAAACGCGAUCGGAGUCAGCUGGUAUCCAUCGUCUCAUAUGUUCUGUUUGGCAUAGCUGCUGUGUGCUUGCUUGCCAGACUUACAGCUCGACUGCCAUUACUCGGGGGAGCAGGCUACGGCUGGGAUGACUUCAUGGCCCUUUUAUGUCUCGCGCCCUUGACCGGUCUUACUGUUGCAAUUUACUACUCUGUCAAGCACGGGGAGGGCAAAGAGAUCUGGACACGCAACGUGGAUGAUGUGGUCAACUUUCAUAAGUGGUUCUACAUUGCUAGUGUACUGUAUGUGUUCGUGGUCUUUGGCACCAAGAUAUCGCUGGUUCUGCUUUACCUACGAGUGUGGAGCAAAAGAUCGAUGUUCCGUGUAAUCUGCUGGAUCACUCUGGCUCUACUCGCUGGAUCCCUAAUUGCUUUUGAGGUUGCCACCAUUAUUCAGUGUCGGCCUAUAGCUUCACAGUGGAAUCGGUUCGAAGGCUCUGGCUCUGGCUCUGAAGGCCAAUGCGUUGACAGGAAGGCGCUUCUCGCCGCACUCUCAGGGGUGAACAUUGCUUUUGACGUUGUCCUGAUCGUGCUUCCGAUACGCCAAUUCAUGAGGGCGAACGGCACAUGGACCAAAAGGAUCGAGGGCUGCUUCUUUUCGCUUGUAGGGUUAGCUGUGUUGGCAAUGAGCAUUGCUCGUGUGUUCUACAUCCAUCACUUCACGACGACCUUCAACUCGACAUACUACUAUAGCUUCAUUGGCCUCUAUUCUGCUGUGGAGGUCUAUCUCAGCCAAAUAUGGUGUAGCUUGCCCGGCAUUGACGGACUAGCACGACGAUUAUGGGGUGUCGCAACGAACAACUUCAAGCCCCUUGCUUCCAAGAAGUCCUCGCGGGAGCCCAUCAGAAUCAGCGCGCCACUACAGACAUCAGAAAGGAACAUCUUCCCUGAAAUCCAUACUCCGCGAGAAAUCACAGAGGUGGAAAAGGCGCAACGCCCCCAACAAUUCGCAGAAACAAACUACUUCUCCUCCUCCGACGAAGACGACGAAAGCGCCCCUCCUCCCGUCGUCCAACGCUCAUCCUACAACUCCUUCGCCCUCAAACACCAAUCCUCCUUCGAACCCAUCAUCGAAAAAAUCGAACAUCAAAGAUCCACCUUCCGCAGCUCCGCCACCACAGCAGCCGCCACCACCUCCUCCGUAAAAUACCGCGACUCCCACAAAACCACCUCUCGCGAACCCGAAAUCUCCUACCACGACCCCGAAAACCACCUGCAUCUCGCCAUCCACGACCCUCCGGACGAACCUCUCAUCGCUCAACUCCAAUACAUGGACCAAAACGCCAUCGUCCACGAUCUCGAACUCCACGGUCCCCCUGCGCCAGCACCACCCCUACCGAGAGAAUCUUCCACGCGACCGAAUACGGCUCCUUCACAAUCGUAUUCUACGACGAAUUAUUCCGAUAGUAGCAUCUCCACCGUGGAUUCUUCCUCUUCUUCUCCUUCCCCUGGUCCUGGUCUUGCUGGAGGAGCAGGAGGAGGAGUAACACUACCCCCUCUACCACUAAGUCCUCGCCUGAGUAGUCUGCUCCGGUCGAGCAGUACUAGCAAUAUCCAUCGUAAUUCAAAUACGAAUAUGAAUGAUACGAAUAUGAUGGCCAUGGCAAUGGCUAUGAUGACGAUGCCUUCACUGAAUGGUAUCAAUCGUCAUCAUCAUCAUCAUGGUCAGAAUGGUCCUCGAUCGACAAUCGAUGACCGACCGACGAUGGAUGAUCGGUCGAAAUCCGAAGAGGAAAAAUUGGCGGAUUUGGCGAAUGCGCAUCAGAUUUUGACGGAAGGGGGGAUGGUGGUUUCGGAUUAA